CUAGAAUGCCCCUACGCUUACAUGCUUCUCUCUCUAUUGCAUCUACCUACUCUAGCUACUCUGCUCUCAUUCCACCCUUCUACACUCUGAGAUUACUCCUCCCACCACCAUUUCUCUGCAAACAUCCGCUCGCUCGUGCGUAUCAGUUAGUAGCCAUGUCGCCCAAGCAGGCUACUCUUGGGAAGUUCUUCGGCAACCCUAAUGGUAACAAUGCCAAGCCACAGCAAUCGAAGCUUUCCUUUUCGACCAAGCCGAAGCCAUUGAGCGAGCAUUCCCUGUCUACUAAGGAGCCCGGUCCGUCGAUAGGGAUAGUGCACACUGAAGCUGACGCCGAGGUAACCCCCCCAGCCAAGGGAGAGCCAAUGGAUGUGGGCAGUGAUGGUUCGUCAGAGUCCGGGAAGAAGCGACAAAUGAAGGAGGAGAGUGAAUCAGACGAGGAGCCUCCCUCGAAGCGGCAGCGGAGGAAGCCAAAGAGGGCAGCAUCGGCCAGUGCGAAGAAGAGCAAGGAUUCACUAAAGAGAGCUAAGAUGCUCGAGGAAGUACCGCGCAAAGGGAAAGACAAAAAGACAUCAUCCAAGUCGGAGCCCGAAGAGCAGUUGGAUCCGGAUGAACGAAAAUCAGCGCCAACAAAGAAGCAAAAGAGCAUAAAGAUGGACAUUGAAGAGUUGCCUGCCAUGGAGUCAAGCACGAGCGACGCAGAGGACUCCCUCAACUCUGACGAGGAGCCACCAGAAGUCGCAGAAAAGGCUCGAGAAAAGGUGCAGUCUACCCUGAAGUCCAUGACCAACGAUCCGUAUCCAGACUGGAGACCUGGCGAGCCUAUUCCUUACGCAGCGCUCUGUACAACCUUUGCAAAGAUCGAGAUGACUACGAAGCGCUUGGAAAUACUCGCACAUUGCUCUCUCUUCCUUCGGCAAGUGCUCCGGCUAACUCCUGCGAACCUUUUACCAACCAUCCUGCUCAUGACCAACAAGCUUGCCGCUGAUUACUCUGGCGUCGAGCUCGGAAUUGGAGAGUCGCUAAUUAUGAAAGCGGUUUCUCAAAGCACGGGCAGGAGUUUGGCGCACAUCAAAGCGGACCAGAACGAGGUGGGUGACAUUGGACUCGUCGCUGCUAAAAGCAGGUCAAAGCAACCGACCAUGUUCAAGCCAAAAGCUCUUACCGUACCAGGAGUACACAAGGGUCUAAUGGACAUUGCCACAACGGAGGGCCAAGGCGCUCAAGGCCGAAAGGUCGAUGGGAUUAAGAAGCUCCUGUCUGCAGCGGAUGCGCACACCGCCGGGAAAGCCGUGGACAUCACCAAGGAUAAGGGUGGUCCCAGUGAGGCCAAGUUCAUUGUCCGAACCUUGGAGGGCAAACUGCGGCUGGGUCUUGCUGAAAGGACAGUUUUGGUUGCUCUAGCUCAGGCCAUGAUGUUCCACGAAAUGUCAGCGAAAGGGAGCAAGAUUCCGUCCACGGCAGACUUGGCCAAAGCAGAGUCUACAUUGAAGUCUGUCUAUAGCGAACUUCCCAGCUAUGAAGUCAUAAUUCCGGCAAUGCUCAAGCAUGGCAUCCUCAGCCUGCCAGAUAACUGCAGAUUACAGCCUGGUGUACCUCUCAAGCCCAUGCUUGCGAAGCCGACAAAGUCGAUUACGGAGGUCCUUGAUAGAUUUGAUGGAAAAGAUUUCACUUGUGAAUACAAGUACGACGGUGAACGGGCCCAAAUUCAUUUCGUAGCGCAUGAUUCUCCCCUAGAUCUUGUGACCGCACCACCGUCCGCAGGAAAGAGUGACAAAGGUGUCUCCAAUAUUUUCUCCAGGAACUCCGAGGAUCUUUCAAAGAAAUACCCAGACAUCCUUGCCAAGCUGCCCGAUUGGGUUAAAGACGGGACGAAGAGCUUUGUUCUGGACUGCGAGACUGUUGCAUGGGAUAUGGUUGAGAGGAAAGUUCUGCCUUUCCAGCAAUUAAUGACAAGGAAGAGGAAGGACGUCAAGGUCGAGGACGUAAAAGUCAAAGUGUGUGUUUUCGCAUUCGAUAUUCUUUAUCUGAAUGGCGAGGCACUUGUCAACAAGCCAUUCCGCAAUCGUCGAGAGCUUCUCCACGAAGCAUUUGUGCCCGUAGAAGGCGAAUUUGCAUUUGCCAAAUACAGUAACACCAACGAGUUAGAAGAGAUACAAACCCUUCUUGAGGAGAGCAUCAAAGCCUCUUGUGAAGGUUUAAUGGUGAAGAUGUUGGACGGUCCAGAGAGCUCGUAUGAACCCAGCAAACGUUCGCAGAAUUGGCUCAAGGUCAAGAAGGACUAUCUCUCCGGUGUGGGCGAUUCCCUUGACUUAGUAGUUCUCGGAGCCUAUUAUGGUAAAGGUAAACGCACUAAUUGGUUCGGUGCCUUCCUGCUCGCAUGCUACAACCCCUCCACCCAGAACUUUGAAACCGUCUGCAACAUUGGCACUGGCUUUUCUGAAGCCAUCCUGGAAACUCUCCACACACAACUCUCUACCAUCAAAAUCGAUCGACCGAAACCAUUUUAUACCCACUCCAGCGGGAACAAAGACCAGCCAGACGUAUGGUUUGAGCCAAAGUAUGUGUGGGAAGUCAAGACAGCAGACUUGACGCUAUCCCCGAGGUAUAAAGCUGCGGCCGAUGAGGUGGCGGGAGGCGGGAAGGGAGUCAGCCUGCGGUUUCCAAGAUUUAUCAGGGGGAGAGAUGACAAGAAACCGGAGCAGGCGAGCACGUCGAGGAUGAUUGCGGAAAUGUAUCAGAGGCAGGACAGCGUGGCGAAGAUAUUGAGCCAGUUCAGAAGUUAUCAUAUGGAUAUUCACACCAACAUGGGUGUAACGAUCAUUCUCGCUUUCCAUUCCAAGCUGGCAGAAGCACCAACACCCCUCUUUCUUCUCGCUAGCGAAAACUGUCCGAAUAGUGAUAUUCGGGCGCCUGGUUGA